GUCUCGAGCGCGGCGCGCGGCAGCGGUAACGCUCGCCACGACGGGGAAUUCGGAGUCGUAGAGCCUCAUACGCGGGUCAUAAACGAUCCGCGGCCAUAGUAGAGGUGCACGCGCGAGAAUCGAUCCGAAUCGCCGGCGAUAAACGCAUCUCCCGCGAGGCGAUCGUCGCGCGCCGCGUCGCCGCCGAGCGAUGAGUUCCAAGUUCAUCAUCGAUAGCAUGCUCCCGAAGUACCAUCAGCAGUUCCACCACCAGAAUUUGUUCGCGGGAACUGGGGCGUCGCCUAUAGAGGCGUCGCUGUCAUCUUCGCUGUCGUCGUCUCUAUCGACGUCGCUUUCGAGUUCGCUGUCUGGCGGACUGGGAGCGGCAGCGCUGGGGGCAGGCUCGCCGGGCGCCGGCAGCCCGCAGCGGUCCUCGUCCUCAUCAUCAGCAUCGCCGGGUGCACCGGCGAGGAUGUAUCCAUACGUGUCGCAUCACCAGCAGUUCGGAGGUUCGGUGCCGUUCUCUGCUGGUGGCGGUUUAUCCGCGGCGGAUGACAAGAGUUGUCGGUACCCGACGGCUGUGGGAGGAGACCCAAUGGUGAACUACGCGCUGGGCCAGCACAAUGGUGGAGCAGCGGUGUCGGCAGCAUCGGCCAGCAUGGCAGCCGCUGCACAGUUCUAUCAUCAAGCAGCAGCUUCUGCAGCAUCAGCUGCGUCUGCCGCCACCGUGGAUGCUAUGGGGGCGGCAUGCUCGCAGCCAGGCUCUGCUCAGCCCCUGCCAGACAUACCGCGGUACCCCUGGAUGUCCAUCACUGAUUUUCCAUUUCCAGAUUGGAUGAGCCCCUUCGACCGGGUGGUCUGCGGUGAGUUCAAUGGACCGAACGGAUGUCCACGAAGGCGGGGCCGACAGACUUACACAAGGUUCCAAACACUAGAACUAGAAAAGGAAUUCCACUUCAACCAUUAUCUGACACGCCGACGCAGGAUAGAGAUAGCACACGCGCUCUGUCUUACAGAGAGACAGAUCAAAAUAUGGUUCCAGAAUCGACGCAUGAAGUUAAAGAAAGAGCUGCGGGCUGUGAAAGAGAUCAAUGAGCAAGCCCGCCGAGACAGAGAGGAACAAGAGAGAAUGAAACAGCAACAGCAGGAGAAGCAAGCCAAGCUGGAGAACCAGCAUCACGGGCACCACGUGACCCACCAUCACGACCCGAUGAAGAUGCCCAUCGACAAGGGCUCCAACGACCUACUCAAAGUGAACAAGGUCCCUACGUAAGGCGUCAGCGACGCCAUAUAGGAAAUCUUGACUGAUUCUGUAUCAUAUAGUGUGAGAGGAAGUGUUACGUCCAUACGGACCUGCGGGCGUUAGUCGAUUCGUAUCCACUAGUUUUAUGUUUUCGCGUCGGAGUCGUCCUCGUUGUGGAGAACGGCGUCCCGGUUUAUGUAAUAAUGUUCCUUUAGUGCGAAGGACUUGCCUCGGUGUCAUUCGCUGGGUGGACAGUCUGGUGAUGUGCUUUAAGCAUUUAUUUUGUUGCCAUAACCACACCUUAUAUUGCAAUAAUAUUUUACUAAAAUAUACAAAAACGUGUUAGAAUCGCUCUAAGGUUUAUAGGAGCCCGAGUGAACUUCGGUAUUGUUAGUUAAGAUUUUAAAUCUGUGAAUCUCAUAGUAUUUAUUGCUACCACUUACUCUUAAUCCAUUAUGUUAUAUUUUUAUUAAUAGAUAUUAUAUUAUGUACAUUUUGAUGUAUAUUUUAUUAUUUGUCCGCUUUUAGCGGACUGGUUAUGUUUUGAUGGUCACAUUUUUUUUAUGAUUGUAAAAUUUGUUGUAUUUUAUCAGUUGAUUUGGAAAGAGUUACUUUUUUAUUUUUCUUUUUGACCAGAUUGUGAUUCACUUCGGUAGUUUUAGUACACAAAUUGUUGUUUUGGUUUGAUCCGUUGAAUUCGAUAGAAUAAUGUUAUCGACAAAUAUUAAAAUACCUGCAUAGCUAAUUCCAUAAGAACUUAAAAUGUAUAUUUAUAACAAAAUACGUAUGGAAGUACAAUUUCAAAUAGAUCUUCGUCGUAACGAGCGUUGUGUUUUAUAUUUUCGUCUUCAAUAAUUAUGGAUAUUAAAUGUAGACGGUAUUUUUUGAUAAUUCUAGUUAAAAAUACCUUGUCCAUAAAGUAAAUAGCAAACAAAUAAGAACAAGAUUAUGGAUUAGUACUGCACAUGGCGUGUUGUCCAUACAUCCCAAGUCAUCUGAUGUUCAAAAUUAUAUACGUAACGAUGAUACAUAUAAUAAAUUACAAUAAUGUGACUAAAUAUAAAUUUUACACGUAAUAUUAAAAGUUGAGUAGUUUAAGUGUAUUAUACAUAGGUAAAUAGGUUCGACUUUAUAUGAAGUAUUUGCUAAGACUAGGUACCUACAACAUAAACCAAUGUACGUCGGAAUAAACAGUGGUCGCACUUUAUCAGGCGAAAAGUCAAUGUCUUCAAGUUCCUUUUUUCCAACGAAAGUUAUAAAAGCACCGUUUCACGUACGAAACGGUGGCGAAAUUAUGUUUCCUGCAAUUUUACGUAGCCAUAUGCACAUUUGAAUUUUCCAGCUCCGUAAUUUCAUACAUAAAAUACCUACAAAAGGUAUUACUAGGAGCUAAGGAGCUCGGAUGAAACUCAGAAAUGUACACGGACUUUUUUCGCGAAAACGCGAGCUUGUUUAACAUAGCUGGUUUACAAAUUAUUCCACACACCAUAUUCGCUUUCAAUUCCACGUUGUGCCAAAAUACAUAAUUAAAAUAAUUUAUUAACACGAACAUUGAAAUAUUUGUUCCGCGUCCAAAAAACAUGUUUUAAAAAUUCUUCGUUCUUCAACUCUAUACGUAAUAACUGAGCAAAAUUAGAAUUUUAAAAAUUAGUCUUGAUAGUCACCAUUAUACGUAAAUUAAUGUCAGGGUAGAAUUAAAAAGGUAAAUUAAUAGAUAACUGUAUUAAAAUUGGAGUCUUCGCUUAAUUUUUAUAAAAACACUAUUUCUCUCUUUCAAAAUCUGUCCACUGUGUUUUUUCUGAAAAAUGUAUCUAUAACUGUAGGUUCUGUAAAAGAAACAUAAAUUGUAUGUCGUGAAAUCAUUAGAAAGAUUUAAGUCGUCGAUGGAUAAGAAUAAGUCGAGAAAACUUGUACUUACAGAAAUUAAUAUAAAAAUAAAUAAGGUACUGGUCGAAAAUUUUUGACGUUUGUCAUUGAAACUAAAACGAGUUUACUCAAUUCAUUUACCACAGACAGUUGUCACAUUAAAAUGGCGAUAAAACAUAUUCCACCUGUUUAAUAACGUUACUAUAAAAAAAGAAAAAUAUUUACAAUUUUAAAACAGGAAAAUUUUAUGUACAAAAACAAAAAAAUAAAUAAAAUAGCCUUUACAACUUGACACGUUUUCUCGAUAUAAUCUCGACGACUUUAAUACAUUGGUUUUUUGUAACUAAUAAAUCUCUAUGAAUGUCGUGCACGUAAAGCAAUGGAUACGUAGUUAGAUUAUGAGAUUUUUAUAUUGAUUUCCAUUAAACUUACUCUAGUGCGAGUGCAAUAACUUCAAACCCACAUUAUUUCAUUAAAUUCGUAGUCCCGUUAAGAUUGCAUACAUAUUAAGGUUGUCGUUAGUAAUAUAACUUUAUCCCAUCUUAUUUUUAAAUAUAUAUUUAAAAAAUCGAGAAGGAAAAUCGAACAAAAUGUACUUAAGUAACUUCGAUUUAAGUAGGCUUUAUAAAUUAUAAAACGCAUAGUUAUUAAAAUAUCGUAGACACUUGUAAUAAAAGUUAAGCGUAAAUCCGAUGAUUAGUACUUGAAUGAAUAUAAACGCUUAAAAAUUAUUUAGUAUCGUUCGUAGAUGGUCAUUUGGAAGGUGAAUGGGAAAGCUUCAUUGUUAAGGGACGUACACACUGCAAAACUGAUACGAGGUUGACAUUUCAUAACUACACAAAGUGUGUAUACGAAUUAAAUUGUUGUUUCUACAUUUUGUGAACUAGUAUUAGUUGUUUUGUCAGUUUUUGGUUAUUGUAUGGGACUGUGCAAAUAGACAAGUUUGAAGUGUCAAGCAUCUUCCUCUUAACUAAGUUUCGUAUAACAAUAGGUAAAUGUUUGUAACAUAGUAAUGAUAUUCGUGUGUGUAUGUACGUCCGAUGAUUUAUGUCAGGUACACUUUAUUGUUUAUGCCUCGUAAAGAAUUGUAAUCUACAGUGAAACAAUGAGCAAUUUGCUAAAUAGAUUAUAUAUGUCCUCCAUCCAUAAUGCUGUCUUGCCAUAUUGCUAGUGUUUUGUAGACUGUAGGUAUUAUACCUAACCGAACAUUAUAUAUCAAUAUUAAUAUUAAUUAAUGUAUCAUCUCACAUUAGGUUAUCACGUCUUUUCUCAAUUUAAUUACAAAAUUUUCGUCCUUACUUCGAUUUGUCGACUCUGUUAUGUUAUUUUUAAUCUUUGUUGCGUUGUCCAAGUUAUAGUAUUUCCAUUUUCUAUGUUUUCUUUUAAUUUUACGAUAACAAGACUUCCUUUUAUUAGUUUUUAUUCUAAAAACGAUCAAUUUUUAUCUUUAAUAUAAAUGUAGCUAUGUAUCUAUGUACCUAUAUCUAUAUUUUUGAAUAUAGUUAUUAAAUCGUCUUAAAGUUAAGUAACUGUAAAUAGUCGUGAAAGUUUUACGUGGCGCAUUAUUUUUUGUUUAUAUUUUUUUUGUUUUAUGUUAUGUAUUUAUGUAUUGAGAUGUGUCGUAUGCCUGUGCAAUUUGACCAUGUUAAGGAUACCCGAUACCU